UCGUGUUUACGUGGAUAACAUGGCGGCGUAGAUGUGGUUGUAGCAAGGAUCUUCUCCUAAUGCAAGCCUGUCGCAGUGAUAUGAAACCAUUACUAAACAAAGUGAAUGUCAACAAACAGAAACUUUCCCCACAGUCUCUGGGCUAAUUCGCUAACUCUUCGCAUGAAGCCCUUUUCCUCUUCUCUCAGCCACAGUGACAACGGUAAUGGAAGACGAAGAGAGGCAAAAGAAGCUCGAGGCCGGCAAGGCAAAGUUGGCUGAGUACCGGCAGAAGAAAGCUCACGCAGACAGACAGAAGAAGAAGAAAAAGAGGAGAGAAACAGACGACCCAGGUGGAAAUGGACCGGGGAGAGGGGAGGCCGAGCAGGAGUUGGAUCAGUCGGUAGGGGAGGAGGUGUCGGGGAGUAGGGGGGUGGUAGGAGGAGGAAGAGGUGAACAGGACCCCCCCACCACAGAGUUUACCUUCGCCAGGACCCUGCGUUGUGGUGAGACGGUCAAACACGACCAGACGUACACCAUAGAGCCAGAUAGUGAAGUGUCCACCACAGCCGAAGACUACUCCUCCGAGGUGAAUGGCUGCCUUGAGAUGACCGAGAUCCCAAUGGAGACUUCCAAGGAGUUUAUCUGGGAGGAAGUGGACCCUGUGCAGCAGGAGGCGAGGGGCGGAAGGGUACAGGUCAUGGAGGAAGAGUUGGCUGCCAAGACUCUGGUGGUGGAGGAGCUGAGCCGAGAGCUGGAGGAAUUUAGAGCGGCCUUCGGCACAGAGGGGGUGCAACAGCUGCAGGACUUUGAGGCUGCCUUGAAGCAGCGAGACGGCAUCAUCACCCAACUCACAGCCAAUCUGCAGCAGUCUCGCAAAGAGAAGGAUGAGGUCAUGAGGGAGUUCCUGGAGAUGACUGAGCAGAGCCAGAAACUGCACAUUCAGUUCCAGCAGCUGCAGGCAGGUGAGACACUGAGGAACACCAGCCACAGCAGCACAGCGCAGGACCUCCUGCAGGCCAAGCAGCAGCUUGUCCAAUACCAACAGCAGCUGGAGGAGAUGGACGGCCAGGUCAGAGGGCACCAUGAUAUGAGCAAGGAGCAGCUGCUGCAGAUCAGCCAGCUCCAGCACCGGCUCAAGGAGGCUGAGAUGGUGGAAAGAAGAACAGAAGAGUCAUUUGCACAAAGGUUAAAUGAGAAAGACCUGCUGAUUGCUAAACAGGAGAGAAUUAUGGCAGAGCAUGAGCGUUCCCUAAUGCAACUUAGAAAAGAGCUCACACAUGUGGGCAGAGGUGCUGAGGAGUCACUUGCCCAAAGGGUAAAUGAAAAAGACCUGCUGAUUUCGGAGCAAACUGCAACAAUAACAGAACAUGAGCGUACACUGACCAUGCUCAAGGUGGAGCUUGCACAGGUGGGAAGAAUGACUGAGGAGACUUUUGCACAAAAGUUGAAUGAGAAAGAACUGCUGAUAGCUGAGCAAGAGAGAGUUAUGUCAGAACAUGACUCCUCCCUCCACCAGCUAAAGGAUGAGUUGACGGCCUCUGAGAAACGCUUAAACGACCUCAACCAGCAAAUUGCUGCAAAGGCCCAAGAGCUGGAGAGCUGUAAGAGUGACUUGGAUAACUGUAAGAGGGACUUAGAGAGCACUACGGGUCAGUUGAAUAGCUGUAGGGUUGAGCUGGAGGGCAGUAAGGGUGAGUUGUAUAGCUGUAGGCUUGAGCUGGAGAGCAGUAAGGGUGAGCUGGAUAGCUUUAGGUUUGAGCUGGAGGGCAGUAAGGGUGAGUUGUAUAGCUGUAGGGUUGAGCUGGAGAGCAGUAAAGGUGAGCUUGAGAGCUGUAGGGUUGAGCUGGAGUCCUGCACGGGCGAACUCUCAGCCUCCAAGCAGAAGGAGCGGAUSUCCUCCAGCGAGAUCCAGCAGCUGAUGGGUACCGUGGAAGACCUCCAGAAGCGAUGCCACCAGGGCAGCCUGUCAGAGUGUGACACCCUCCAGAGGAUGGAGGAGGACUCAGCCCGCAGGCUGGAUCAUCUCAGGACGGAGCUAGACGAGAUGUACGGUGAGCAGAUAGUCCAGAUGAAGCAGGAGCUUCGCUUGCAGCACUGUGCGGCCCUGGAGCGGGUCACGGCGCAGCAUCACAAGGAGCUAGAGCUUCUAAAAGCCCAGCAAUCCGUGAACAGACCUUGUCCCGAGGUGGUGAUCGAGCUCAAGGGCAAGAUCGUAGUGCUUCAGCAGAGGCUCCAAGAGGCCCAGGUGCUCCGUGAGAAGGCCAGACAGGAGCUGUCCCAAGUGGCACAGGAGAAGCUCAACCUCCAGGGUCAGGUGGUUGACUACCUCCAUGARCUCCGCUCAGCCCGGGCCAAAGUGGAGCAGGCCUCCCAGAACAUCGCUGUCCGUGAGAGUCUUCAGGGCGAGCUGCAGCGCCUCCAGGAAACCAUCGAUGACCUGAAGGCCCAGCUAGCCACCGCUGCAGAGUCGGCAGUAGAGAUCGAGGCCAAGCACGAGUCAGAGACAACCAACUUCAAGAUCAAACUGGAGAUGAUGGAGCGGGAGAAGGACGCAGUGCUGGACCGCAUGGCUGAGUCACAGGAGGCAGAACUGGAGAGGCUGAGGACACAGCUCCUCUUCAGCCACGAGGAGGAGCUCAUUCUCCUUCGGGAGGACCUCCGUAGGGAGAGCCAGCUCAACGCUGAGAACCUCCUUAACGAGGCGUCCAUCCGGCACGGCCGAGCUCUGGAGGAGUUGCGGAACGCAUACAAGGACGAGCGGGAUGAGCUGUUACACCAAAUCUUUGCACUGAAAGAUGACUUGAAGAUGGCGCUGCAUAGCUCGAAAGCCGAAGAGCUGGUGGUGCAACUCAAUGAACUUCAAGUUGAGGAAUUGAGAAAGGGUGGAGAAGAAAGGGUCAGAAUGGAGAAGGAAAUCCAAAUGCUGCUGAAAAAGAAUGAGCUGCUAGAAAACCAGUCCAAAGAGCAAGAAAAGAGCUGGGACAACAAAUGGAGGAAGCAGGAAUCUGAAAAUAGGAUUUUGAUGGAAACCAACAACGCCAUGAAAGAGGAAGUGGAGUCCAAAAUGGAAAAAAUCCAAUCCUUCAUGACAGAAAAUGAACGAAAGCAGCGACAAGUAGUGGAGAUGCAAGAGGAGAUUGAAAAGCAGAGGAAUACAUUCUCUUUUGCAGAAAAGAACUUUGAGGUGAACUAUCAGGAGCUCAAAGAGGAGUACAUGUGCCUUGUUGAGGUAAAGGCGCAGUUGGAGGAGAGGAUUCUCAAGGAGACACUUGUGUAUGAGUCUAAACUCGCUAGCCUCCAGUCGCAGAUUCAGGAGCUGAGGGAGAACAAGGAAACUAACAAAAUGGAGGACAAGUCCAAAGACAACAACGGUGCUUCGAUAGAAAAAUACACUACUGAGCUGAUGGAGAAGCUGAAGGUAGCUCUGGCAGAGAAGGAGGAACUGGCUAUGAGGCUGUCUAAAGUUACCGAGCAGCUGACUGUUACAGAAGGUGAAUUGGAUGAGCUGGAAGGAGAGCUGAGUCAGGUCAGGAGAGAAAACAAGGAGGUAAUCGCCCAAAAUGAAAACCUGGAGGAAGAGCUCGGAAGAGAGCGGGAGACUCUGAAGGAGAGAAAGGGAGAGAUAGAACUCCAGAGAGAGGAGGGAGGGAGAGCUGCUCAGAGCCAAGCGAAGCUCCAACAGAGAGGGCAGCCUGUUCAGUCUGCAGCCCCAGCUUGCUCCAUCGAGGAUUAUCACCUCCAAAUCGAAUCUCUCCAAGGGGAGGUAGUGGUUCUCCCCUCCUCCUUACAGCCCGCCGAAAUAGAGCGAGACCGCCUCCGACACACCUCGGAGGCUUGGCACCAGAGCCAAACGCUAACUCCAUCUGCAGCCCCAUCUCAGGUCUCAACUGUUGGGGAGGGACCUGUUGAGCGUAGCUCCGCUUUGGAGCCUUCAGCCUCUGGGUCACACAGGCGCAAGACACAGCAGCGGCGAGGAAAGAAGAAGCGCCAGAGCUCUGCCCAGACAAAAGAGAAGAGGGAGAAGGAGGAGGCGGCGGAGAGAAACAAAGCUGGAGGUGCUACUGCUGCAGCAGAGUGGAAGGCGCGGGCUCGGAUGGAGAGCCAGGUUCCGUCGAUCUCGCAGCAGAGGACCGGGAAGGAUGACUCCACAGACGGGUACCACGGUGACGGAGAGAGAGACUGCGUUGUGAAGCAGGGGAAGAGCGUAGAUGGGAUGGAGUGUUGGGUGGACCCUGUAGCGAAGCAAGAGGAGGACAGGGACAGCGAAACCACAGAGCAUGUGGAGUGCAGGCUGCAGCUGGAGGCCCAGCGCAUCAGCCUGUCUCAGAUGCACGCUGCACAGCUGGCGCUGCUCCGGGAGCAGACAGAUGCCCGUGUCAGCACACUUGAGCAGGAGCUGGGUCGCUUGAAAAAAACAUGGGACAAAGAUGAACUCAGAAGCUCUAAGUACCAGAAUGUGGUGCAAGUUGUGUCUGAAGAGUGCAAGCAACUCAUCCUGUCCUUUGCUAAAUUUUUUGGAGAGGAGUUCUUGGAGUAUCUCCACCCCACUGAUGUCGAGGACUGGAAGAUUCAUUCAUUUGAAAGGGAAGAAACGAGGGAUUCCAGUGCUGUUUUACAGGAGGCGAAAGAAAUGUACAGAGACCUUCAGCAGGUGAAGCAGAGGAUUGAACAGGAGCACGGUCGUCUUCUACAGCUCCAGUCCUUACUGAAGGCAGAUGGCAAUAAGAUUGAGGCGAUGCAGCUGAUGUACGAUGAGCUGAAGCGCAGCAGUGAGGAGAAGAUCGCCAGCCUGCGCAGGCACAUCGAAAGCUCCAGCAUCUCUACACACAAUCUCAAGGAUCUGAGGGAGCUGACCGCGGCCUCGCCCUCCUCCCACACUGCUGAGGAUAUCCAGAAGCUGAGGGCCGACAUCCAUCAGCAGCGGGCCCAGCUGGAGGAAUGCCACAGGCUGGAAGUGGAGCGCCUCAGGYCCUACUACCAGCAGCAGGCCAAAGCGACUGAGGAGCGCUAUGCUACCGAGCUCAUCGUGCUACAGCAGCACCUCGAUGAGGUCACGGGCACCGAGGCCCAGUUCAGCCUGUCCAGUGCUGCCCAGCUUGGCUUGCGGACCGAGGAAGAGGACGCAGAGGAACUAAAGCUGGUGGAGGAGGAUCCGUUGUUGGUGGGUCUGGACGCGGAGCUACGCGGGCCGGCCAAGUCUAUGGGCAUGACGGCGCUGCUGCAGACGCUGAGGAGAGCGCUCUACCAUAAGUACCACCAGGAGGUGGCAGCGCUGAAGGAACAACAGUGUGCUGAGCUCACCAGACUCAGAGAAGAGUGGGUGCAGGAAAAGAGAGAGAGAGGGAGAGAGGAAGGAGAGGAGGACGUGUGGUUGCAGGUGAAGCCGGAUCCGGAGGGCAUCAACGGGAGCAAAUGCUAUAUCAAGGGACCCAGCACGGAGGACCAAGGCGACCAAGGUGUGCAGGAGAGGAGACACCAGGAGAGGGUGGAGGAGGAGAUAGCUAAGGUCAUAGUUCAGAUGUCGGUGGAGUUUGCCCAGCAAAGCGAAUUGGCCCGAAUAACCAAGAGCGCCCGCGAGACCACCUCAGCCAUGCAGACCCAGUCCGAGGAGGACGAGGCAGGGGUGGAAGAGGAGCAGCAGACCACUAGGAGCUCACUCACCAAGGGCAUCUCUCUGGAGGAGGUGCAGAGGACGUUCGUGGAGGAAAAAGAAAGGCUGGAGAAGGAGCUGGAGGAGAGGACUGCGGAGCUCCAUGGGAUUAAAGAGCAGCUUUGCCGCAGAGGUCCAGGAUCUGAGCAGAUGGGAUAUUCCUCUGAGGGAGAGAGUGAGAGAAAAGCAAGUAGAAAGAAGGAAAGAGCAAAAGCGCAAGUGAAAAGCAGAGUCUCACAGAAAGAAAAGAAGAGGGGAGAAGAGGAAGGUGAGGAAGAUGAAGAGGUCAGGAGGAAGAGGGCCAUGGGUGGAAAUAUCUCGUCACAAGAUAGAGAGGAUGACUCUUCUUGUCCAGAUCAUCAAGUCAUCACUACUGAGAGGAAUCUGCUGCGUAAGGCUAACGAGAGCCUCCGACAGGUGCUGAGUGAUGUGCUCAAGACCACAGCGGCCGCUGAGGAGACCAUCGGGUGCCAUGUGGAAGGGCUACUGGUACCCCCCUCCUCACAGAGACCCACCUGGCAAAGAGCAGUUGGCGAGCCCUUUAGGCCUGUCACAGGGGCUGCUGAAGAUGUGUCGACCACUGAGAGUUGCCAAGGCAGCGAGACUGGGGCGGGUGACGUGAGCAUGUGGUCGGGUGAGACAGAGACGGACGAGGGUCUGGAGUUGUCCCAGCAGAUGAUGACUGACUGCCACAGCCUGUUGCCAGGAGCGGAGCUUCAGCUGGAGAACGAGGAGUACCUCAUGAAUAUUAGCUCCCGCCUCCAGGCCGCCGUAGAGAAACUGCUGGUGGCCAUCACAGAGACGACCAAUCAGCUGGAACAUGCGCAGGUCACCCAGACGGAGCUGAUGCGCGAGUCCUUCCACCACAACCAGGAGAUUGGCGAUCUUCUGCGGCGGCAGGAGGAUCUGCAGGAAAGGCUGGGGGAGGAGGGGCGUGCCCGUGAGCAGCUGGCCCUGGAGCUCCACAGGGCAGAGGGCCUGAUUGAUGGCUACACGGGUGAACGGGCCGCGCUGGAGGAGCAGGUGCGUCAGAAGGAGGAGCUACAGCUAAGCCUGGAGCAGGAGCUGCAGGUGACAAGCAGCCGUCUACACGAACUGGAGCAGGAGAGGCUGCAGAUGCAGGAGGAGCGAGAGAUACUGUCACGGCAACAGGACGCCAUGAGGGAGCAUGCCGGCCCGCGCGAGUUACGCCUAGUUGAAGCUGCAGUCGAUGCAGCACCUGAAGCAGACCUCCUGGAGGAGACGGAGAAGCUGAUGGCUGAGAAGGUAGAGGUGCAGCGGCAGGCAGAGAAGGAGAGUCUGGGCCUCCUGCACCAGGUGAAAACACUGGAGGCUGAGCUGGAGGAGCAGGUCAACCGGGUCAUCGAGCUGGAGCACACCCGUAAGACAGAGACCGGCGACCUGCUGCAGCAGAUCCAGGCCCUGGAGAAACAGCUGGAGAAGAACCGGAGGUUCCUGGAUGAGCAAGCCAUCGACCGGGAACACGAGAGGGAUGUCUUCCAGCAGGAGAUCUUGAAACUGGAGCAGCUGCUAAAGAACAGCCAGAAGCAGCAGCCCGGCUCUGAACAAAGAAGCAGAGAGGUGGAUCAGCUGACCCAGCAGCUGAGGGAGAAGGCGGACUGGUGCAGCGAGCUGCUACUGGCGUCUGAGCAGCUGCAGCGCGAGGCGGGCGAGCGCAACGAGGAGAUCGACAAGCUGGAGGGCCGCAUCCGCGAGCUGGAGCAGGCUCUGCUGGCCAGCACAGAGACGGUGGAGGAUAAGAGGCAGGAUGUGUCUGUUAGUGAGCCUGGGGACUCCUCACUGGAGGCUCAGCUACAGACUGAAAGAGAGGCACUGGACAGGAAAGAGAAAGAAAUCAGUAACCUGGAGGAGCAGCUUGAGCAGUUCCGGGAAGAGCUGGAGAACAAGAGUGAGGAGGUGCAGCAGCUCCACAUGCAGCUGGAGAUCCAGAGGAAGGAGCUGAGCACCCAGCAGCAAGACCUGGAGACCAAGGACAGCAUGCUCCAGGCCUCAUUGGAAGGUGACGGUGCCUCCACAUCCGAGCUUCUCCAAGAGCUCCAGGAGGUCCGAGAUGAGGCAGCCGCUACCAAAGGACACCUGAACAGCUUCAAAGAGUGCAGCGAGAAACUCCAGACCGAACUCCAAGUCCGCGACCUGUCAAUCGCUCAGCUCAAAGAGGAGCAACAACAGCUCAGAGUAGCCUUGGCGAAAUCCGCGGCGUCACCGUCACCACUAUCCCCAGUAUCACCAUCUCAGUCUCCCUCACUCGAUCAGCAGCAGCAAGCACCACCCUCCCAUCCAAAAAAGAAAGGCGGCAAACUGCAAAACCAACGCCAGGGGGCCAAGGGAAAAAUGGCCGCCUCUGUCAAAGACAAACCAUCGCUCUCCAGGAAGAACUCUGCCGCGGCAAACCAAAAGUCUUCCGACAAAUUGUCCGGUCAAUCGUAUGAUCUUAAUGGAUCUCAACGUCCGCCUCAUACAGACGCUGGCACUCAGACGGAGACAUUUUCCUCCCAGACAUCUGGCCAGCCCAGAUCUGUUUCAGAGGAGGAAGAGGUGGAGGAGAUGAUCGGGGAGUACCAGGAGAAGAUCGUACAGAUGCAGGAMCUGCACGCGGCAGAGAUCAUGGACAUGGAGGCCCGGCACAUCGCAGAGAGCGAGGCCCUGAAGCGGGACAAUCAAAUACUGGAGGAGGAGUGCAAGGCUCUCAAGACCGUCAUCGAUAAGCUGCAACGCUCCCACGAAGCCCCCUCAACGAGACCAGAGCGUCCCGCAGGAUCGCAAUUCAAAGACGGCUACACCAGUGACAGCAGUUCUGAGUGGAGUCAGCGGACAGGCUACGACCUGCCUAACCUGCAGCAGGAGUUCAGGACCACACCAGAGGGAGCCAGAAAAGAAACAGACGAUGCACUGCCUGACAGAAUUAAGAACCUGCUGCGCGAAGUGCACCAGGAGGGCAUGCAGGUGCUGUCCCUGUCGGCACUUCCAAUCCCAGAGGGCGAGGCUGACCCAGCCAGCCUGUUCCACCAUUCCCAGGGCUGGCCCAACGAGAGAGAGGCCUUGCUGGCCACCGUGGAGUCCCUCAAGGCCCUCAUAACCCAGAUUCAGACACGCAGCAGGGAAACACAGACCCCAGGUAGUGCGGACUGGCGUGGAGAGCUGCUGGGGGCAGUGCAGCAGGUGUUUGUGAGGGAGCGGAGUGUGCUGAAGAGCGCUGCCUAUGCCCGACUGGACCUGCUGGACACUAGCGACGCGAUCAUCCACCUCAACCAGCUGGAGCACAGGCUAGCCGAGCAGGACACCCAUCACAGAGAUGCCAUGGGGAUGCUCCAGACUGCAGACAGAAGCAGUUUGCUGACAGAGGUCCGGCAGCUCCGGGCCCAGCUAGAACAAAUCCAAGGCCAGGAGCCUGGCAGGAGAGGCAGAUCCAAUCAUGGUGUUGAGCAGCAGAGGGAGAGAGGUGGUGUUCCAGAGCCCCACAUUCUGCUGCAGGCUGACAGGGCCCUGGAGGAGCUGAAGGGAGAGCUGGCCCAGACCAAACUAGAGCUGGAGACCACGCUCAAGGCCCAGUACAAACACCUGAAGGAGCUGGACACAGUCAGAACGGAGAUGUCACAGAAGGCUGCUGAGGUGGACACCCUGGCGGACAGACUGGCAGACGAACAGAAGAAGGCCAGAGAGCUGCAGUGGGCCUUCGAGAAGGAGAAGUGUAAAUCAGACAAGAAAGAGGAGCUGGAGAGAGAGGAGCUGGAGGAUCUCAAACUGGCCCUGGAGAUUCAGCAGAGUCUCGUAGCCCAGCUGACCUCAACCCUAGGCCAGGAGCGCCAGUCCUCCUCCCAGCUGUCCCUCCAGGCCGAACAGGAGCGCUCCAGGCUGCAGACCCAGGCCUCGCAGCUCCACGUCCAGCUAGUGUCGGAGCGAGCCCGGGCCCAGGAGCUGAGUAAUGCCCUGGGGAGAGAGAAGGAGCAUCGCCACUAUGGCUCCUCCUGGAGAGAAAACCCAGAGGGGGAGGUGGCUGAGAAGGGGGAGGAUGAAGUGGUGGGAGGGGCGAUGUCAUCCGAAGGUCUGCUAGAGGGUCUGCAGAGGGAGCUGGACAAGAAGCAUGCUCAGGUGGUUAGUCUGCUGGACGAAGUGGAGGCCCAGAAGCUGGCGGCGGUGCAACGGGAGGAGGAGCUAACCUCUGCAGCUCAGAGGUCAUGCAAGGACCAGGAGGCUCUGCGGGAGGCCAAGGGCCAGCUGGAAAGCCUGGGGGAGCAGGCACGGGAGGCCAUGGAGCAGCUGAAUAGAGAGGUGCAGCAGGGGAAGCGGCUGGAGCAAGAGAAGGAGAGGCUCCAGGAGAGAGUGGUCCAGCUGGGAGAGACGAGAGAGGUGGAGAGGAGCGGGACGCAGCAGCAGCCUGAUAACCAAAACCAGGCUUUGUGGAAAGGCGAGCCCACAGACCGGACCAGAGACUGGGUGUUCAAGUCUGGCGACACGCUGACUGUCAACCCCAGCACACCUUCCCUCCUCAAAGUCACUGGGACAGGGGGCAACCUCGCCCCCCACUAUGACCCCAAACACUCAGACAAGGUCUUGGGCAAACUGCAGCUCAUCGCAGCCAAGAUCCAAACCUUGGUCAGCAAGGGCUCUGGCAGGCUGACUACGGAGGUGGACAGUGAAGGACUGUCGUGGCUGCAGUCGAACAUUGAUGAGGUCAUCACUAUGCUGCAGCAGUCUCCAGCGCUCCCCUUGGUCACCUCGAGCACCGCCCUGGUGGCGGGUGGCCAGUCCAGCUCCCUGGCAGAGCGGCUGCUGAGACAGAAUGCUGAGCUCACAGGCUUCGUCAGCCGUCUGACAGAGGAGAAGAACGAUCUGCGCAACCAGACCCUCCGCCUGGAGGACGAGCUUCGACGCUACCGCCAGGCUGGUCUGGGAUCAGGGGGCAGCUCCAGGAGAGGUGGCGCGGACAAGCAGCAGGAGGCGGCCAGCAUUCUGUUCUCGUCGGAGCGCGAAGCCUGGACCAGGGAGAGGAGCCGGCUGGAGAAGGUCCUACGUCUAGCCCAGGCAGAGGUGACCCGACUCAGAGGAGAGAUCAGGACAGAGUCCCUCAGAGACAUGACCGGACCGGAGACAGACAACUCCACACUGACUAAGAUAUAUGGCAAGUACCUACGCUCCGAGAGUUUCCGCAAGGCCCUGAUCUACCAGAAGAAGUACCUGCUGCUGCUGCUCGGUGGCUUCCAGGAGUGCGAGGAAGCCACGCUGUCGAUCAUCGCCCGCAUGGGCAGCCGGCCCUCCCACUGCAGCCUGGAGUCCCUGACACAAAGCCGCCGGGGGCUGACGCGCUUCCGCUCGGCCGUCCGCGUCUCCAUCGCCCUCUCCAGAAUGCGUUUCCUGGUCAAGCGAUGGCAUAAAACUACAGGGAUGAGCUCCAUAACAUCUGUCAACGUGAACAGAAAUGGCCUGGGGCAGUCAACGGGUAAUGAGGUGAGGACAGACUCACCCUACCUGCAACCGGGGAGUGUGGAGGUGUACGGAGAGAGGAGAGGGGCCUCCCCCAGGUCCGCCCUCUCCUCUGCACAACACAGGUUCCACAUGGCGGAGGACUCUGGCCCUCUGACCUGCUCCCACCUCCAGAACUACGACCCUGACCGAGCGCUCACCGACUACAUCUCCAGAUUGGAGGCCCUGCAGAGGAGACUGGGGAGCGUGCAGUCAGGUUCUUCUUCAUAUGCUCAAUUGCACUUUGGAAUAAAAAGAUAGAAGUCUAUAAAUUACGUUGGAACUGGCUUGAUGAAACUCAGUUGCCUUUUCUUGUGCUGAGCUUCGGUAUUUUGUAUCAUUCUGCUGUGUACAGUAUAUUACGUGAGGACCAAAAGACAUUGUGUUGUGUGUAGACAUCUUAUAAUCUGGCUUUUUGUCACCAGCACUUGAAACAGCUUCUAUGUUUGUAAACUUUGGUCUGCCUCUUUGUUGUGGAUGAACACAAUCACGUUAAAUGUAUAUUUGUGGAAUGCUAAUUUAAAUGAAAAACCUGGAAUAAUUUAAAUUAUACUGUGUAUGUUACUUUGUGUGGGUGGAAGAAUACGUAGAGCAGGCUUCUCCGGACAACUCCAGCCCUGGAUAGGAACCGGGUGGGCGUGCAGGUCUUUGCUCCAACCCAGCACUAACACACCAGAUUAAAGUAACUGUGGUUUCUUAAAUGGAAGUCCAUGAUUGAUGGAUUAUUGGAAAUGUUGGUUAGUGCCGGGCUGGAACAAAAGCCUGCACACCCAGUAGCUCCCCAGGACGGGAAUUGGGAGAACUCUGCCAUGGAGAAUUUGACUUUACUGUUGAGGCUGCUACAUGAUCUAUAUACACCACACUGUGUUUUAUUAGAAUGGUUUCUUGGACAGACUACAGAGGACAAUUUGUAGAAGACAUAUUUUUGUAAAGGUAGGAGCUUUGAAUUUUCUGGGUAUUUUGUCAAAAACAGAAAUAAAUAUGAAUUUUAACACUUGAAA